CUAAUCGUGUGGGAAAACUCGACACUUUUCUCAGGACGUGAAGGUAGCAUCACAGCCCCACCGCCUCGGCAGGGAGGAUACAGCGAUUCCGAUUAGGGCUGCUGUUGCCAACGAUGCAAUGCCUCGUUUUACGGAUGAACCCUGGGCAUAGGCACCUUCGGAGUGCUGCGGUCACCUCGAAGAGGCGGUACCAUCCUUGUCUUCUCUGACAAUCUGCGAUAAGCUUCAAUAGAGAGCACUCGAGGACCCAAGAUACCCGGUAAAGACCGGACUCGGGGCUUUAUGUUUACCGAAGAGAAGCUGGAGAGGAAGCUGGAGACAUGGGUUUCUCCUUCAGCCUUCGAUGAAUUGAACUAAGCUGGACCCACGCAACUCAGCCAACCGGCUCCUGCCUACAGUGGGGGCUCCCCUCUCCCCAUCGCCCUCUCCAGCUAUGGCAGGCUUCAAGCGGGGCUAUGAUGGCAAGAUCGCUGGCCUGUAUGACCUGGACAAGACACUGGGCCGUGGCCACUUUGCUGUAGUCAAGCUGGCGCGCCACGUCUUCACUGGGGAGAAAGUGGCGGUGAAGGUGAUCGACAAGACUAAGCUAGACACCGUGGCCACAGGCCAUCUUUUCCAGGAAGUCCGCUGCAUGAAGCUGGUCCAGCACCCCAACAUUGUGCGCCUGUAUGAAGUGAUUGAUACUCAGACCAAACUUUACCUCAUCUUGGAGCUAGGCGAUGGAGGGGAUAUGUUUGACUACAUCAUGAAACAUGAGGAGGGUCUGAAUGAAGAGCUUGCUAAGAAAUAUUUUGCCCAGAUUGUCCACGCUAUCUCUUACUGCCAUCGGCUGCAUGUGGUGCACAGGGACCUCAAGCCAGAGAAUGUGGUGUUCUUCGAGAAACAAGGGCUGGUCAAGCUCACUGACUUUGGAUUCAGUAACAAGUUUCAGCCAGGGAAAAAGCUGACAACCAGUUGUGGAUCUCUGGCAUACUCAGCACCAGAAAUACUUCUGGGUGAUGAGUAUGAUGCUCCAGCCGUAGAUAUCUGGAGUCUCGGUGUGAUCCUGUUUAUGUUGGUAUGUGGCCAGCCACCCUUCCAGGAGGCUAACGACAGUGAGACCCUCACCAUGAUCAUGGACUGUAAAUACACUGUACCAGUCCAUGUCUCCAGCGCCUGCAAAGAUCUGAUAGACCGUAUGCUUCAGAGGGAUCCUAAGAGACGGGCUUCCCUGGAGGAGAUUGAGAGCCAUGCCUGGCUGCAGGGGGUCGACCCGUCCCCAGCCACCAAGUACAACACUCCCCUGGUCUCCCACAAGAACCUGUCAGAGGAGGAACACAACAGCAUCAUCCAGCGUAUGGUGCUAGGAGACAUCGCAGACCGGGAGGCCAUAGUCGAAGCCCUGGAGACCAACAAAUACAACCAGAUCACAGCCACAUACUACCUGCUAGCAGAGAGGAUCCUGAGGGAGAAGCAGGAGAAGGAGGUCCAGACCCGCUCCUCCAGCCCCAGCAACAUCAAGGCACACUUUAGGCAGUCGUGGCCCACCAGAAUGGACAUGCACCAGGACAUAGAGGACAGCUUGGCAGCAUCCUCUAUCUCCCAUGCUGGAGGCCCCCAGUCCCCGGCCCGCAGCACAGAGAACCUGCUCAACGGACAUCGCUCCAAAGGCAUGAUGGAGCUGGGCCGACGAGAGGAGACAACAGUGACCGACUCCCCGGGGCCGCCAGCACAGGGAGCCUGUGCUGCUGGCUCGGGCCCUCCUCCGGGGUCUGGUUCUGGGACCAUCAGGGCCCCCAUACCAUCCACCUCAGCAGCAGCUAAGCAGCGAACCUGCUUAUUCAGGGUGGAGGAGGAUGAGGAGGAGGAGGAAGAGCAGGACCCGUCUCCCCUCCCGACCCAGGUGGUCCUGCGCCGUAAGCCCCCCUCCAUCACCAACCGCCUCACCUCCAGGAAGAGCGCCCCGGUGCUCAACCAGAUCUUCGAGGAGGAAGGGGAGUCGGAUGACGACUUCGACAUGGAUGAGGGCCUGCCGCCCAAACUCAGCCGUCUCAAGAUGAACAUGGCCGGGAACGCUGCCAACCUGAGCUCCGCGGCCGGCUCCUCCUCGUCCCCGGGGUCCACGCAGAAGCGCUACCACCGGCGCAAGAGCCAGGGGAGGGGGUCGUCGUGUUCGAGCUCCGAGACGAGCGAUGACGACUCAGAGAGCCACCGGAGGCGACUGGAUAAAGACUCGGGCUUUGGUUAUGGCUGGAACAGAAGGGACAGCAGCGAGGGGCCGCCUGGCAGCUCAGGGGGCAACGGGGGCGGCAGCAGCUCAGGGCAAGGUAAACCUCCAGGAGAGGGAGGGGGAACCUCUGGUCCAGACAGGGGGAGUCCUCCUGGGGGCGGGAAUGGAGAAGGGGGUGGUGGUGGUGGAGGGGGUGGGGGUGGCGGAGGAGGUAAUAAAGGACAAGACAGCCCCUCCAGUUGUUGUAAUAACAGUAGCACUAUUAACCCCUCCCUCAGCUCUCUGUCCCGCUCGUCCCGCACGGCCAGCCGCGGCACCGAGCUGGUGGAGAGCCUGAAGCUGAUGAGUCUGUGCCUCAGCUCCCAGCUGCAGCACCACCGCGGCGGGCGGGGGGGGCGAGGAGGAGCAGGACGAGGGGGGAAGUUCAUCAUAGACUCUCGCAGCCUCUCAGGAGGGAGCGUGAAAAUCCAGGAGAAAUCAGCCUGGAGGAUGUGCAUCGGCUCCACCGGGAGCCUGGACACCAUCACCCUCCCCACCACCGCCCUGCCUCGCACCCACGCCGCGCAGCACCACCACCGCAAAACAGCGCCGCACGGCCCCCCCGGCCUGCAGGCGGGGCCGGGCAGCAGGGACGCUCACAGCAAUCUGAGCACUUUGAAAAACGGCGUGCUUCAACUACCUCUGUGUGAGAAGACCAUCUCUGUCAACAUCCAGCGGGGCGGGGGCUCCAGGGAUGGCCUGCUCUGUACCUCAGCUCCGGCCAGCUGCUGCCAGGUCAUCUGAUGCUCUCUCGCCCUCUGUGGACCAUCAGCUUCCACAACCAGCUGAAAACCACCCUUCUCCUCCCAUGGUCACCUCUCCAUCUUUUCUCUCAGUCCCUCUGCAGAGUUGAUCCCUUCAGGUCAUUAGUUUGAACACACCACUCCUCCUUUUAACUCAAGUCUGUCUUGUGUUUAGCUGUAGCAGAAAGCUGACCUCACAUCACCAUCAACACACCUGCCUUCACCUCUCAGCGCUGCAUGGCUCCACUUCACCUUACUGUCCCUGGUUUUAUUUGUUCUGUGCUCUACGUACUGUUCACAUGUCUGAGGUGCAUGUUUUUAAUGGUUGUUUUUUUUAACAUUUAUCAGUGUGUUCAGUAACUAACUGCCCUUUAGAUUAGUGGAACUAAUAUUGUUUUCAAUCAAUCUUAAUAACAAUAUGCUGAUUUUAGAACAUAUUAAAAUGAGGUGGGUUGGAUUUGAUGGUAACUGAGAAAAAUGUUUUAAUGCUAUGAGCAUGAAGUCAAAAGUUAAGAAUAAAUUUGUUAUUUUUUCAAAAAUUGUAAUACUUCGAGAAUAUAUUUGAAAUUUCACAGAAAAUGUUAAUAUUUUGAGAUAAAGUUGUAAUUUUUCAAUAAAGCUGUGUUACUUUAAGUCCAAGUCAUAAUUUUGUGAGGAAAAAGUCAUAAUAUUUCAGGAAUAAGGUCUUAAUAAUGUCAGAUUACAGACAAGAAAUAUACAUUCUUUUCUUCUGAAUCUACAAUUUAUUCUCGUAAUAUUAUAAUUAUUCCACUAAUGACUUUUUCUAGUAAAAUUAUAACUUAACUUUUUUGUAAACUUGACUUUAUUCUUGUAAUAUUAUAUAUAUUUUUUAAUUACAACUUUAUUCUCAAAAUAUUACAUUUUAGCUCUUGAAAUGUCAGAUUUUUUCCUCCUAACAGUAGCCCUAAUGCUCUGUCGUACCUGGCCGUUGGUUGUAGUGCAGCGGAGUAGUUCAAAAGGCGAGCGCCUCUGAAGAACUAUUAGAAUAGUUCCAGUGCUGUACUGUAGCAGGCAGCGGACAGGAGGAGGAAAGAGUAGCUCUCCAUGUUCAUACAAACACUUCCCUCCUUCCUUCACCUCUAACCUCUGCUCCCCUCCGAAUGUUAGCUAGCAGCUGGAUUAUAACGUGGAUUACAUGCAAUGAAUCCAUGCAGGUACCUUUGACCACUUCUGUCAAGGUUUUAAUUUUGACUCCAGUCUGGACUCCAUAUUGCACUCAGACAAUCUGUUUUAUGUUGUUUUUAGUGUUUUUAAAAAAAGAAUGAAUUCAGCUCCAUUCACUCACAACAAUUGCAACAUAUUAUCUGUCAAAACCCCUUUAAAUUUGGACAAGUGUCUAUAGAGGCAACGCAGUUUUAGCUUAAAAAAUGGGACAGCAAGAGAGAACCUGGUGGUUUAUCAGUGUGUGCACUCCUCUGUGGCAGCAAACAGGUGAUAAUGUUGAUACUGUAGCAAGAUAAUGCUAAUCACCAACAAGUUUGGAAAUGUUACUGCUGACCAUUUAUUUAAAAUGAGGUAUUCUUAUUUUUGUAUUUCUAUUUCAAUGUGUUGCUGUAGUUGCUGAAAGAGAACAUUCGUUGUGUCUGGCUCUCUGUGGAAACAAACACACUACCAAUAUCCGAGUAGUCUGUUCUGAUUUGACCUCUGCUGGCUUCUUGUAGUCCCACCUGCACCCACAUGUCACCCAAAGCUUACUGCGCAUGUGGGUGCAGUGUGUUGACUCGUGUAUCAAGUAUGUAUAUACAGUAUGUUGAAAAGUAAAGUUUAUUUUUAAAACUUGUACAUUUUUUGAGCGAUCUGCUGUUUUCAAAUGUCGACAGGGGCCUGUGCGGCGUCUCGUUGGUUAGAAUAAGUGUGUGUGUGCACCAGGUAAAUCAGUAGGAACUCACCUGUGCAGGAGAAAAAGCUCAUGACUUACAGCUUUAAAGGAGCUGGCCAAGAGAUGAACAAAUGAAAGACAGGAAAGGGGAAAUGGGGAAAUUCUUUAAGGGCAUUGGCAAUAAGCUAUACUGUGUGUUGCAGCUAUCUGUACAGAAACAUUUUCAUUAGUUUCAUUUUUUAAAUUCCAAACUUGUGCAACCUUACAACGGCCACAUUGGACUGAAAAGAAAAAAAGGAAAGCUAUGUUUUAAAUCUUUUUUUCUCUCUUUGGUUGUUGUCUGAGUUUUCUUUUAAAAACCAAAUGUAAAUAUAGUUGUAAAUAUGGUGCUCUUUAUCUAGAACAGCGGAGUGAACCCUUUGGUGCAUAGCUGUACAGUAAUCUAGCCUUAUGAUAAUUAGUAAUACUGUAUGGGUGUCUCAGCUAAAAAUAAAGCCGUGUGAGAAAAACGACACGAUUCUACUCAUACUGUCAGGUCUCUUUGACUGUUGUCUUACUCAGCUGUAUCCAGGUGAAUGACGUGCAUGUGUUUCAUUUGUUUGACAUUCAAUGACACAGAGGAGAGAGAAUCAGCCACAGAAAUGUUACUGGACCAAAAAGCAACAGAAGAAGAAGAAAAAAAGGAAAAAAUAAACAUGAGUUGGAAGUGACAGAAAUAUUCAGUGUAUUAUUCUGUAGUUGAUACCUGUUGUCAGAAGUUACAUAUAGCUAUGGUAAUAUCCAAAAAUAAAAUGUGGAAUACUGUCUCAUA